CAGGAAAGGAUUAAAGUGGCCUUGUAAACCUCGCUCUUUCCACUCUGUAUCUUCCUCUGCUCUCUCCUCUUAAGAUCAUUCCUCUCUCUCCUUCGAUCCCCUUAAAUACAUCUACCAAAUUCCGUUUCUCUCUGCAAUUUAAAACUCUGAAGAAAAACCACCUCAGAUUAUGAGGUGAGGGAGAGUGAUGGUGGAGUGGUGGUGGAGUGUGGUGGCUGCGGCCAUCCCUGCUGUGGUUGCAGGGCAGGCGGUGAGAAGAGUGGGAAAGAAGAAAGCUGAGGAGCUGCGCAUCAAGGCGGUGGCUUCUGGCAGCGGCGUCGGGAGAGAGAAGAGCUCUGAAGAGGUCUUCUUUUGCGAGAGAGUCUGCACCUCGAAGCGGAUGCUCAAGAGGGUUGGGGCCUUCUCGAAGGAUCCCACCCCUGAUACCUGUGUCACAGUUUGUGGGGUUUCUGAGCUCGAUGCGUGUGCUGAGGCCUGUGCGCGUACGGUUUGUGUCAACCAGCACCAUGUCCCUAAUUGGAAUGAUAUUUGCCUUCGCAGAUGCCAGUCCGAGUGCCUCAAGCUCCCUUCGUAGUGUGGUUCCUCAUUUUGUGAUUGGGAUGUAUCCAGUUCAGUUAUGUGAAUGUGAUAUACUGCCAUGAGUGUGAGGAGAUCAGUGGAAUUAUCUCAUGCCAAGGAAGAGUCAGUAUUGAGGAAAAUUCGGUGGAUUAUUACCAAGAUUUUCUUGUCGUGCACUCUAUAGACCCUCCAAUGCGUAAUGAAUUCCUGCUUCAAUCUGUUUACAGUAUUUUUUAUGCAUACAAGCAAAAUGAGAUAAGUGGAACAUCACUCUGAUGUAGAGUCAUCUGCCUGUUUUCCAAUUCAUUGCUUUAAUGUUUUUUACAAUGCCUCUAUUGUUUCUAGAUUUUUAGUUUCUAGGAUGUGCUUCCUUUAAUAUGGCCCUUCUCUCAUUGUGGCUGUCAUAUAUUCAAAUUCUCUGUUUAUUACUUUUACUUUGACGGUCUUGGUUGAUGA